CUAAUUGAGCAAUCGCUAGAUCGGUUGCUAUUAAUGAAUGAACUGCCUGGGUUGUGAAAUCUGUCCUGCCACGAGGACGCCGUUGGAAGAAUUACAGCAUGCCAUCAACCGAACACGGAAGAGACGAAGAAGUCGCCGAACAGGUCCAGGAGGAGUUGAAAGUGCUAAAUCGAUCAGUGAUUGAUACGGUUACUCAAAUAGUAAACAACGAUGAGCCAGCAUCCGAUCUUUGGCCUCAGUUCCGGAAGGCUAUUUUCGACUACAAGAAAAAAUCAACCGAGAUCCUGAAACCGGCAAAUAUCGAAGAUACGCUAAACGAUUCUGAGCCCAAAGCCGAGGCUGAUAGAGAUGACUCUUUUAAGCACACGGUACCAAAAGAACCUGUUCUCAUUCUGUGGCCUUUAUCACCUGCCCUACAAAAGUCACUGCAGAGUGGUGCUACAGCCAAGGGAGUUGUUAUCGAGAAUGGGCCAGCGUCCACAUUACGUUUAGCCCUCAGCAACCUUCUAGUGAAAGGAGAGAUACUCUAUGUGUAUGUCGCAAGAUAUGUGGUCCGCAUAUUGCCGGACAUUGUUGUCAAGAUCAACGCAUCCAACGACACGACCGAAUUACACAUUCUUGAUCACAUCCACGAACAUUCGCAACUGAUCCCAGCGCCUAUAGCCCUCGGAAUGAUCAUGAUUGGUAAAUGGUCUUACACCUUCUCGUCUUUUAUCCCGGGGAUUCCCCUAGAUCGUAUCUGGGGGAAUUUAACGUCUGACAAGAAAUGCCAUGUGCGAGACCAACUCAAUCACAUCUUCACUGAACUAAGAGGACUCCCAAUACCGUCAAAAGAAGGAUAUCUAGGAGGAGGGAUGCCACCGAUCUGCAAAGGUGGCCAUCGCUUCAAGAAAAUAGCUUCUGUGCCCAUUGUCAGCGAGGCACAGUUUAACGACUUCAUACUCGACGAUUCCUGGUUAGAAGAUGGUCGGCUUGACUAUCUCCGGAGGGAAAUGCCAAGCAAUAAUCAGAUCGUAAUGACACAUGGAGAUCUAUGUCCACUUAAUAUCCUGGUCAAGAGCGAGGACACAGUCGAAAUUGCCGGCGUGGUUGAUUGGGAAACUGGAGGGGCUUACCCAGAGUAUUGGGAAUACGUCAACGCGUUCAGGUCAUCGUUCCACAGCCAAGAUGACUGGUGUCUAUUUCUGCCCGAAGCCGGCAUCGGUAGGUUCUUCGAUGACUACGUGAAGUACUCUAUGAUUGGUCGGUUUGCAAGGGAAUAGCUGGUUUGCCGGGCC